CCCCGUCAGAGGGCGGGAAGCGGCGGCGGAGCGGGAUGAGGCGGCGGCAGGAGCAGCGGGAGCAGCAGCGGCGGGGCCGGGCGCUGCCGGGUGCUGUUGCGGCCCUGUGCCGGGCCCUGCCGCCCCACGCCCGGCCCGCUCCCGACACCCUCCGCCGCGCCAGGUUCGACCGGCCGCAGGCGAGCCUGGAUUUCUGGAGGCUGCUCUAUGCUCUUCUGAAACAAAUCCAUGGAGGGAAGUGGACCGAGUCUGAUGCCAUAGAUAACCAAAUUAGGUUUGUAAAAUCAGCAUUGUGGUACCAUGGCUAUGGCAGGCCAGAACUCUAUCGACUCCCCUCUGACGGCUCAGCGGGUAGUCGGGAGCUGCUGCUGACGUUUUCCUGGCUGCUGCACAGACUUGGCCUCUUGGAGCAGCUUUUGGCUUGGAACAGAGUAAAGACUGGGGAUGAAACCUCUGUGUGCACGUGUGAAGAUGAUCUGCCUAACAGCCAGAAAGGUACAACUGAAAUAACGCCUGAAUAUGGGCUAGAAGACAGAGUAGAUGUUCGAUACCUUCAGUGGUUAAAUGGGAGGCUGAGGUUCCAGUGGCGGAGUUUGCACGCUCAGCACCAAGAGCAUUGCAAACUUUUGCACAAGAUCCAUUUAUUCACUAGUGGCUCCCAUAUGGACCAGAUCCUUGGACAUUUUUCUGUCACAGAAACAGAUCUCGUUAGACAACCGGAGAACUACAAGCAGCUAUUACAGCUUCUGGAGUCUGAAACCAUGCAACUAGAAGCCUUUCUGGAGUGGAAGCAACUGGAACCAGUUUAUUGGCACUGGAUGGAAACUGUGUUAGAUAAUAUGGCUGAAGAGGGAAAUAUAUGCGAGUCCCAGGAUGCUCACGUGGAGAAAAAUGGGCUGCCAAAAGUGACCUCAGGCUGCCCCUGGGCCGACAGUCUGACUGGGCAAAUUGACGGACUAUCCAGAGAUCUAAUGACUCUCCGUGAUCGACUGCAUGAGCUUGUAACUCACCGAAAGGCUGCAUGGUGUGAGAAGGCUAGCUGUAGGGCCUGGCCUUUGACUGCUACAAGAGCCAUGGUGGCUGCUCAAGCAGCUUCACAUCCACCUAGAGCUUCUACUCGCCAUCAAAACUGUGAGCUAAUAAGAGAAACUGCUGAAUGCAUUCUAAAAGUAGCGACUUUGGAAAAUGUCUGCUUUUUCACUGAAACUCUGAAAAUGUUUUAUGUAGACAAAUCCCUAGCUGGCAGUUAAACUUCAUUUGCCUCAUGUGGUGGUUGUGGAUAGGCUGGGUUCCUGGAGCGACCCUUGCUGCUCUGGCUGCACUGCUCCUGCCUCCCCCAAAAGCAGAGAGAAGAGCUGCAGGGCUGGGUGCUGGUGGAGGUUCUGCAGCAGUCGUGCAAAGCCCCUGGAGGGGACAAGGGAGUGUGUGCCAACUGAAAAUCAAGCUGGUUUGGGCGUGAACAAACUCCCUAAAAGUUGUGGGGCUUUGGAUUUUUUUUCCAUUUUCCUUGUAAUUUUUGCAUAAGACCAACCCUUUUCUGAAAAUUGGUAUGCCUAGGUGGUAAUACCUUCAUCUCAUCUCUGUAUUUCAGGAGUGGUUUGUAUAAACGUUCUUUUUUUGGCCGUGUAUACGGGGACUACAUUGCUUGAAUUUGUUUCCCAUCCUGUUCUCCCAAAGCAGGAUACUAUAGAGAAGUGCAAUUCAGAAGCAGCACUCUUGUUCCUAAGUGGCUACUUUCAUGUUGCACAGAGAUAAAGCUCUGCCUAAAACAAAGUGGGGCCCUCCAAGCCUCUGCAAGUCACUUAGAUCUGAGAUGAUAUCUCAUAUCAUCAGUGUUUGUCUCUGCUGCCCAAGAUAAAAGUUUGGAAGAACAAAUUGAAAAAUAAGUGAGCAACUUAUUAUAUGAAGCAAUGCUUGUCUGUUGCCUUCUUUUGCAAUUUGUAGUUGUCAGGGUCUUUUUCAAAGUAGCACUGCAGCCUUUUUGCAAGUGUCUAAAUUACUUACACUGACAUACUCUUGUUUUCAUAUCAUAUCUUCUCAGUAUGUGCCUAUUACUACGUUAAUUUGUGUGAUCUUCUAAUUGAAUUAAAGGAUUUUGAAAAGUCUGGAGAUAAAACUGUAGUUAAAAAGAAAUGCAUUAUAAAAGGCUGGGCUGUUGGAAUGGAUUUUUUUAUAACUGUAAAAUGCUGAAGAUUUAAAAUUUGGAGAAGGAAACAGGUCUUUAUCUCUUAUUCCCUUAUUCAUGUGGUGUGCAUUCGGAAUUGCGUGGCAUAUGGGACUUUCACAAGUCUGAACUGUGUCUCCUUGUGGUUGAUGGUAAAGAAUGUGCAAGUUUGAUGCUCCUGCCUGGAACUUUCCCACUUUCCCGAGAGCAGUGGGUGGCAGGCUUGUAUAUCUUCUCAGGAAGUAGCUGAAGAGGUUUCAGUGAGCUCCUGGCUCCGGAGCACAGAGAUUCUGGCCAUCUUGUUGUAUGCUUGUGCUAAUGCUUCAUGUCUGCUCUUUUUGUGCUGGCAUCCUUUUUAGCUGAACAGAGGUGAUGCAGAAAUUGCUGAUUUCUUUGGAGACCAUUUAUUAUUUUAAGAUUUGUCCCUGACGGGUUCUGCCCACAGAGUUACUGCAAUAGAAUAAUCACAUUACACUUUUGACUCCCAUUUUUUUCUUUUUUGAGUUCAGUUGUUCUCCUUAAAAGUUAACCACUGGAAAAGCAAAUUACUCAUGCCAGAAAUGUCCUUACAACAGGAAACUUUUUUGUAGCUUGAUGGAAGAGGGAUGUAUCUCAUGGGGCUUUCAGCAUAGCUUGCCUUCGAUCUGGGCUGUUUGCCUCAGGUAUGUCCUUUAGCAAUCCAACCCAAAGGCUGUCCUUGAAGCAACUGCCUCUUUGUGCAUCGCUUCAAGGGUAGGAUCCAGUGCGUUUCCGUCACUGGAGGAGAGCUCGGUGAAGCCCUUACUGUAAGCAAGUCUGCUCACAUGGGCUCACUGUACACAGUUAGAGUUCAGUUGCUUUUAGGCCUAAAAGGAUUAAUUUUCUUCUUGCUUUUCCUGUGAUAGAUAUUUGUAGGCUCAACAAACAGGCAAUGCUCUUAUCAGUCAUGUGCUUUUGUGUUUCGUAUUGGUAUUUGAAAGUAUGCUUUGCCUUUUUCUGGUAAAGACCCUGAAAAAUCUUAAUGUUGUUCUUUUCCUGUUUUCUUAAUCUUAUAUCCUUUUCCUUUAUUUUAAGCUAAACUGACUUUUCUGACUCCUAUCAAUGUAUUUAGAUACAUGAGUCUAAAUACAGACCCAUUUGAUUAUCUUAAAAAAAAAAAGGGCAGAAAAAACCUCCCAAACGAAACAAAACCAACAAAAAUAUGGUAUCCAUUAAGACAAGAUCAGAAUCAGGUCACUCCUCUUUAUGAAAUUCUCAUUCAAAUGCUUUAAUUAACUUCUAA